AUGGCCGCUGCUUAUUACGAACAGGGCGGUAUCGAUGGUGCUCGCUCCCCAGAUCUGUUUCUCGACUACUUGAACCGUCGGUACGGGGACCCGAACGCAAAGGCACGAGCACUGGAUCGACUUCGAUCGUUGAAGCAGAAGCCUGAUGAGAGUUUCGCCAGUUUCUUCCCAAAGUUCGAGAAAGAGCUUGCCGAUAGUGGCGGUGGCGAGUGGGCCGACGUGGUGCAAAUCAAUUACUUGGAAGGAGCAAUUAAUAAUAGGCUCAAGUCGAGUCUCGUCAGUGCCAUAGCCUCAAUUUCCACCAACGACAACAAGGCCGCGAGCAGAGGUCAAGAAAGGAGUAUGGUCGUUUAUCCGAACCGCUCGAGUCCCGACAAAGCCCCGUCACCCGGAUCGCCAACCACGUCGUCCCCCCCGUCCGAUGAUCAGAUGGAUUGGGAACCCGAGCGCAAAUGUUACGAGUGCGGGAAGCUUGGCCAUCUUGCGGCCAAGUGUCCCGGGAAGGAGCGGCGGCAGCAGAGAGUCAAGGAGCGCGCAAAGGCUGAGGCGGAAUGGGCAACUCAGAAGGACGAGAUGGACUGUGAAGGCCUCUACGUAAAUUUCGGUAUCAAUCGAGAGUAUUUCACCACGGCCUUCGUUGACUGUGGUUGCCUGUGUUAUGGGACCAUCAGUGAGCGCCUUGCCCGCAAGCUUCACCUGCCGCGUAUUCCGAUUAAACCUCGAGCGUUGGAGCAGGUCAACACAUUCUCACCCGAGGCCAUCUGUGCCGUGACCUACUUCGACUUCGAUAUCGACGGGUACCAGAAGAAAAGAGCUUUUUUCUACGUUGUGCGAGACCAGACCGAUCCUGUGAUUCUGGGCAAGAAGUGGUUGAACCAGGAGGAUGUCACCUUGCGAUUAUCGCAGAACCUCUUGCAUAUCGGGACGCACGACCAUUGGGUGAAAGGCCGAGACCCGAAGGAGGAGGAACGGUGCAACAUACGAGGACAGGCGGCGUUCGUGUUCGCCGGAAUGGUUCGCCGAGCAAGAAAGUUCAAGCAUCGAGACGAUGGAGUGCGGAUCUUCGCCGCAAGCCUGAAAGACAUUGAGAAGGCAUUGACUCCGAGGAAGAAGUCAGACCCGAGAGAGAAGCUGCCCCGUCACUACCACGAGUACCUAUCCGUCUUCGACCGCGACCAAGCGGACCAACUCCCACCGCGUCGUCCGGGGUGUGAUCACAAGAUUCAGUUAGAGAGAGGUCCUGAUGACAAGGAGAAAGAACCGCCGUGGGGACCAUUGUACGGCAUGUCACGAGAAGAGCUCAUUGUUCUGCGAAAGACUCUCACUGAGCUACUCGACAAGGGUUUCAUUCGAGCAAGUAGUUCUCCAGCGUCAGCACCAGUUUUGUUCAAAGACCGAUAUCCCUUGCCGUUGAUCGAGGAAACUUUGCGGUCGCUGUCCAAGGCCAAGUGGCUCACCAAACUUGACGUUAUCGCAGCAUUUCACAAGAUUCGCGUCGAGGAGGGAGACGAGUGGAAGACAGCAUUCAGAACACGUUACGGACUCUACGAAUGGCUUCGUUACAUAAACCACACGUUGCGAGAUUUCCUCGACGAGUUCUGUUCCGCUUACAUUGACGACAUCUUGAUCUACUCGAGCGGUUCGCUCGCAGAUCAUCGCAACAAAGUCAGGCAGGUCCUUGCUCGACUGCGAGAUGCAGGCCUGCAGAUUGAUAUCGACAAGUGUGACUUUGAGGCAAAGAGUGUCAAGUACCUGGGCUUCAUCGUCGAAGCCGGGAAAGGUAUCCGCGUGGACCCGGAGAAGGUAUUCUCCAACAUCGCCGCGCCUCUAACGGCGUUAACAAAGAAGGAUGCGGUGUUUGCGUGGUCGAAGGAGUGCGACAAGGCCUUCGAGGAGUUGAAGGCUCUUCUGACCAGUGCGCCGGUCCUUGCGCAAUGGGAUCCGGAUAGAGAGACGAUUGUGGAGACGGAUUCAUCCGGUUAUGUCACAGGAGGGGCGCUCUCGCAAAAGGGCGAUGACGGCAUCAUGCGGCCUGUGGCCUUCUUCUCAAAGAAAAACGCACCGGCGGAGUGCAACUACCCAAUCCACGAUAAAGAGCUGCUGGCGAUCAUUCGCUGCCUUGAGCAUUGGGACGCCGAAUUGAGGAGUGUGAAGUCCUUUACCGUUUUGACGGAUCAUCUCAACCUCCGUUACUUCACCAAGAAGCACUUCACCAUCAAGCAUCGACCGGGCAAAGAAGCCGUCGUACCGGACACGCUGUCUCGACGAGAACAGGACAUGCCGCACAGCGCCGAAGAUGAUCGGUUGCAAGGACGACGUGUUCAGCUGCUGCAACGUAACAAGGGUGGCCUGGUGACAAAAGUCAAGAGCGGUUAUGUCACCAAGGGCGACACGGAUCAACCCGAUGACGCAACAACUGACCAAGACGACUCAAUCGAAAACCCUUUCUCGGACCCGGAACUGCAGAAGUUAUGGGACGAAGGUGUCAAGAAGCACAAUCGUUAUUGGCUCAUCCGAAAGGCCGUACAGCAAGGCGAGAGGCGUCUGCCGUCGCAUUGGGGACUGCCCGUGAUGCUCUCGGAAUGCUCGAUUGACGAUGGACAGCGGCUCUGCUGGCGAGAGCGAAUUUGGGUGCCGAACCACGAACCCUGCGCACGCGGCUUAUGCAGGAGACGCCUCGAUUCAGACGUGCGUCAAUUUCCGCUACCUAUUCCAGACAGGAUCUGGUCGGAGCUGUCAAUUGACUUUGUGACAGACCUGCCACCAACCAAGUCGAACGGUUCGACCAACCUUAUGGUCGUGACGGACAGACUGUCCAAAAGUGUCGUUCUUGAGUCAUUGAAGGACAUCACGGCCGAGACGACGGCCAGAGCAUUGCUACGGAACGUGGUGCAACACCAUGGCGUGCCGCGCGCGAUCGAUAACUGGGAAGAGCUGUUGCCAGCGGCCAUGAUGGCCAUCAACAAUCACAACUCGACGUCGACAGGCCUGAGCCCGUUCUUUAUCACGCAUGGGUAUCAUGUUGACCCGAUACAAGUCAAGGAGAAGUUACGGACGGACGGAAGGUCCCCAGUGACCAGGGCUGAAAGCAUUGUGCAACGAUUUCGAGAGGCAACGGAAUGGGCCCAGGCGGCAAUUGCGUCAGCGCAAGAGCAGCAAGAGAAGAACGCCAAUUCGCGAAGACAGCCGUCAGACCAGUUCAAGCCUGGAGACAAGGUAUGGCUGCGACUUCGCAACAUCCGAUCCAAUCGGCCAUCCAAGAAGCUCGAUUGGCUGUCGGCCAAGUACACCGUCCUGGAGACCAUUGGGUCACACGCGUGCAGGCUGGACACGCCUCCGGAAUACACAACGUGUUCCACGUGUCGCUCUUACGCUUAG